ACUGUACACAACAACUGAAGAAUGGAUAAAUACUUAAUUAAAAUGCCUGUGAAAUUAAAUAGCAUUGAAGUUACAGAGAAGAAAAUCUCUGCCAAAGAAGAAAGAGUUAAGCAAACCAACGCUGCCAAAAAGCAAAUUGCAACAAAUAAUAACAAGCGAAAAAAUCAAGAUACACCUGAAAUGAUUAAGGACAAGGAAAAUGCCGAAAGUGAAAAUCCACCAAAGCGUAGAAGCAGCCGUGUUACUCGCAGCAUGAGAUCUAUGGCUGAGGACGGCCCAGCAUCACCGGAGAAAGAAAUUCCGAAGAAGUUGCCAUUCAUCAAGUAUAGCGGGGCCAUUAAAUAUUUCACCGAAAGCCAAGAGAUCGCUGCAUCAGCAGAUGAAGUCAUGCAAUGGGUUGAGAAACAAAUCAACAUGGAUGUUGUGCCCAUGGCAUUUGACAUGGAAUGGCCAUUUUCGUUUCAAACCGGUCCCGGUAAAUCAUCAGUUAUACAAAUAUGCGUAGAUGAGCGUUGCUGUUAUGUGUACCAGCUAAGUAAAUUGAAUAAAAUACCCGCAGCCCUGGCGGCUCUCAUAAAUCAUCCUAAAGUGCGACUGCAUGGCGUGAAUAUAAAGGCCGACUUCCGGAAGCUUGAGCGCGACUUUCCUGAGAUGUCAGCCGAGCCGCUUAUUGAAAAAUGCGUCGAUUUAGGCGUGUGGUGCAAUCAAGUCUGCGAAACUGGUGGCAGAUGGAGCCUUGAACGGUUGGCAAACUUUAUAGCCAAGAAGGCCAUGGACAAGAGCAAGAAAGUGCGUAUGAGCAAGUGGCAUGUUAUACCGCUGGACGAGAAUCAACUAAUGUAUGCGGCCAUUGAUGUUUAUAUCGGCCAAGUUAUUUAUCGGGAAAUAGAACAGCGCGAGACGGUAAAGUUGAAAAAUGAGGCCGAGUUCAAGGAGCAGAAUGGCGAUGCUGCGUUUAAAUUGGUUAAGGGGCUGGGCGAAAACUUUUUGUCGAAGAUAAACGAGGUGACAAUCUAAGCCAAGACAAGAUCAAUGCCAAAUGAACUCGACUCUAUAUUCAAAUUUACUAAAUCGGAUCUCUUAUUAGGAUUUAUUCAUUAAUUAGAAUUUGUAAUGGCCCUUUUUGGCCAAGUUUUACUUGCUACAUUUUCAAUUGCACCUCUGCUUAGUUUAGACCUUAC